GGCGCAUGCGCCCUGGGCCACGCGGAGCCCUCUGACCCGAAAGCCGCCUCAGCCCCUGGGCCCCUCCCUGGGUGUGAAGAUGGCGCUGUCCAGGGUGUGCUGGGCGCGGGCUGCUCUGUGGGGUUCGGCGGUCACCCGCGGACCUCAUGUCACUCGACGGCUGCAACUGAUUCGCCCUGGCCUCGCCUGGGGAGCCCCCGGGUCUUCAAAGAUGCACCUUUCUCCAAAGGCAGAUAUGAAGAGCUUGAUCUCUUAUGUGGUGACCAAGACAAAAGCCAUUAAUGGGAAAUACCAUGAGUUUUUAAGUCGUCGUUUCCCCCGCGUUUAUCUCCUGUACACAAUCUUCAUGAAAGGAUUGCAGAUGUUAUGGGCUGAUGCCAAAAAGGCUAGAAGAAUAAGGACAAGUAUGUGGAAGCACAAUAUAAAGUUUCAUCAACUUUCAUACCGGGAGAUGGAGCAUUUGAGACAGUUUCGUCGAGACAUCACCAAGUUUCUUUUUCUAGGUAUUAUUUCCGUCCCACCCUUUGCCAAUUACCUGGUCUUCGUGCUAAUGUACCUGUUUCCUAGGCAACUACUGGUCCAACAUUUCUGGACCCCAGAGCAAAAAAUCGAUUUCUUAGAUGUGUACCAUGGUCUUCGGAAGGAAUCUCACCCAGAAAUCCUUCGUUAUUUAGAAAGGAUCGUCCCUCUCAUCUCUGAUGCGGGACUCCGGAAGCACAUGACAGAGCUGUGCACCAAGAUGAAGCAUGGCACCCACCCAACAAUCCAUGAGAUCCUGGCUCUGAGAAAGUGUUUCUCGAACCCCCCUCUGGGCAUGGACCAACUCCAGGCUUUCCAGAUGAGAGCCCUAAGUCGAGCCAUGCUUCUCACACCUUACCUGCCUCCCGUCUUAUUGAGAUACCGUUUGAGGACUCACACCACUGUGAUUCACCAGCUGGACAAGGCUCUGGCGAAGCUGGGGAUCGGCCAGCUGACGGCUCAGGAGGUAAAAUCGGCUUGUUAUCUUCGUGGCCUGAAUUCUAACCAUAUUGCUGAAGAGAGGUGUCGAACUUGGCUGGGAGAGUGGCUGCACAUCUCCUGCAGCCUGAAAGAAGCCGAGCUGUCCCUCCUGCUGCACAACCUGGUCCUGCUGUCCACCAACUACGCGGGGUCGAGGCUCUGAGCGACCAUAGGAUGGAGGCGCUGUCCAGUCACCGAGAGCAGCAGCGCAGGCCCGACGGCACCGACCACUGAGUGUGUCUGCCGGGUGUGCGGGAGGCGGAGGGGGCGUCCCCAGCCGGCGGCCCUCCGUGGAGGCAGGCACUGAAGCAGCCCCUCUGCCAAGGCCGGAAUCCCAGCGUCCCCUCAGUGGCAGUUGCCGCCAGCAGCCUCUGAAGUGGGCUUUGACGGUGAUGUCUGUCUGGGCUGGGGUCUCAGGAAGGGAAGCUCUGCCCUGCCAGGGAAGCCUCAUGUGUUUAGGACUCGCCACUGCCACACUCUUUACAGCUGUUUGUUACAGAUGACUUUCGACUGGGGAGGGAACAGCGCCACCUACAGGGAGCUUUUCCAUUGCUGCAUGGACUUGAGGGCUCCCCAUCCUUUCUGAUGACCAAAAAUAGGAAUAUUUGUCUCCACUGUACUAAACCACUCCCUUUCUUUUUCCAGUCCUGUAAACUUUUUAGUAAAUUUUUUGUGUUUGAACUUAACCUUCUAAUGUAAUAUAUAAAGGGAAAUUCAAGAACUUCUUGAUUCCUUCCCAUUAUUUAUAGCCUUAACUGCCUCCCCCUCCCAUUUUCAUUUGGGGGGUGUGGUGCAACCCUUGUGGAUCUUGCACUGUUACUUGCUCUGUAUUGCAGCAUCCACUGUACCUGACAGCACCACCACUGAGCUAUGGAUCAAACUUUUAAGUUACUAAAUUACUGCCCAGCCCUGGAGACCAGGGUCUGCUUCAAGAUACUAAGUUGGAUUUGUGUAUGUGGACACCCGUGACUUACAGUAACUUAUUUUAAAUGCAUGACGCACUGUUUUUAAACCCAAGUAAAAACCACUCAAACCACUUGCUGGAAAUUACUUGUGCACACUCUGAUCAUUUUGCUAAGGAUCCUAUUACAAGACUGACAUACUCUUAACUAAUGGGCAGAUACUUGGUUGGACUAGAACCUUCUGAUGGGUAAAGUUAGGAAGGAACGAAAUUCAAAUUCAUCUUGCUGAAAUUUAUGAUGUUAACUGAGACAGAUUUUCCUAUAUAUUUCGAAAAUGAAGCUUAAGGAUUAUAGAGGGAACAGUUCAGUGGGGCAAGAUUAAGUGCUGUCGUAGCAUAAGAGGUGUACACACAAGUCAAGCUCUUGAUCCAAAGGUAACGUUCUAUUUUCCGCUUCUGUUAACAUUCAUUCUUACUGACCUAGUUUUUUUCACAAUGCUGGAGAAACAUCUUUACUCUGAUAAGUGAACUGAAUCGUGGCCUGACAAGAUAAAGAAUACACCAUCCUUUUGAAUAUUUCUUUAAUAUUACAUUUAAAUAUUCUCUUUAAAUACAGUAUUAUCACAAUGUAAAGGACCUAAAAGGGGAAAAAUAAAAGUGUUUUCAGAGAAACAGACAAGCUUUGGAUUCACAUUGAGAAUACUACCUGUGUACAAUAUGAGAAAGGAAUUUUAAUAAGUCAUUUAUCUAGGCCUCAACUGAGUGGGACUGAAGCUAUUUGCUUCUGUGAUAAAAGGCCUAGUUUUUCUGGCAACCAUACUUCUGUCCACCUCAGGUAGCACCAAAAAUGAGAUAGACUAGGUUGUAGAAAAGGCCCUUUGACAAGACAGUUCUGCCAAAUGUUAGUAUUUAGCAUUUUAAUGCUUGGGAUCAGUGUUAGAAUUGAAAUAAGUGAUAAGACACAUUAAGAAACUAGUUUUUCGAAAAACGAAGUAUCUUGGGGGUUGGCAAUGAAUUUAAUUAGAUUCAAAUUUUUGAUUUGAUCCCAAAGGCUAAUGUGUCUCACUGCUCAGCUAGAAUCCACGUCUUGAUUAGGUUGGAUCCUUCCUAAAGAGGGAAUGUAUAAAGUUGACUCCCCUCUCAACAUGAACUUUCAGAAUAAUUCUUUUUUCCAGGGUCGAAUUCCCAACUAAGCUCCAGUCUUGCAUCUGAGGGUACCAAUCUAGGAAGGGAGCAACUGGAUUUGGGGUAGCAUGUAGAGCUCAGAUACCUAAGACUCAUCUGUUUCGUGAGGCGGGAGAUUGGGGAAUAGUUAAUCUAUGUACUUAACUGCCUGGCCUCCCCUCAAAACAAGAAUGAACAAGAGGCAGAGUGGGUUAAAAAAGAUGUCUGUUAAGUACAGGGCCUCUCUGGCUCAGUUUAAACAUUUUGGAGGUGGAAUGCAGUUGCAACAUAAAUGAAGAUUGCUUUAGACAUUGGUGCCUUAAUAUCCCACAAGAAAAGGCUUUUGUGAGCAAAGUAGGAAGUUCUCUCCCCCACCCCAA